AUGUCUCGCUACAUCAAUUUAGUAAAAAUUCAUAUCAUUGUUGAAAGCAAGACAAGAGUGUUCCAUGCAAACCACUAGAGGAGUUUGAUAUUAAAGUAUACAGAGAAAAACUUAAUGAUAAAUAUGGAAAAUCGCCACUUGCAUCCUAGCAUACGCAACCCAUAUCUCCAAAAAAGAAUAUCAAAAUAGGGUAUUCAAUCAAUCUACAAUAGUAAUCCAAGUUUUGAUUUAUUGCAAACUAAAUUAAAAGAAUUUUCAAAUAAAAAAAGUAUAUCGCCAUUAAAAUCAAGAGUUGAUCAAAAUUCUCCAAAAAGAGUAUCUGGAAUUUAGCAAUAGAUUUCUAAGAUAGGCACGUUAAAUUUUACAUUGCCAUCCAAAUAAAUGAGAAUUGGAUCUUUCUCCGAUACUUUAUAGUUCAAUGGUUCUAUUAGUGAAGAUAGAAGAAUAUAUCCAGUGAGACUUGAGACUGAAGUCUAAGAAAAAUUGGCAUUCUCCCAGAAGCCUAUUACCAAUAUGAUUCCUCUGCAUGAAAUCAUGAAUAUGAGAAACAAAUUAGAAAAUGCACAAUUAAAUGUUAAUUAAAUUAGUUCUGCUUAUACAAGUGAAAUGGUUAAAUUGGCCUCUGUUAUUAAUUCCUAAUUGAAAAAGAAAUCAAAAUGA